GUAACGUAAGUCUGUCACUGUGGGUUAGAAAUUCAAGAUCUAUAUCUGUAUCGUUCCGGACGAUGCGGCCUGGCCGCAGAGCCGCGGACCCUAAACCUUGAACCUUAGAAAUUCAAAAUCAAGCUCAAUUUCAUCUUCUACCACUCGCUCCCUAAAUCAUACUUACUCUCUUUCCCGAGCUUCAAACUGACACGAAGUGCCCUUGAGGAAUUCCUCUAAAAUAUCGUCAAGAAAUCAUGAAGUCCUCCACGUUCUUCUCGCCGUCCCUCCUUCUCUGGGCCUUCCUCGUUCCGGUAGCGUUGAUUCCGAUAGGGAUUUCUGUCUUCAUCCGCUUGCCCGAACUCAUCUGCUUACUCCAUGAUAUCCCUUCCCUUCUUGGUGUUGCUGUUGGCGGGGAGCACCACACGAUAAUGUUAAGAGGGCUACUUAAGUACCUAUAGCCCAUCUUCCGUAGACGUAGAGAUCCCUCAAGGAUACUACAAAUCCGAGCUACCCAUUUCUAUAGCUCAUCAUCUGUAUAUAUAGAUCCGUCAUCAACGAUAUCAAUCCGAGAGAUAACAUCUUUGACGAGGGAUCACUAGUACAGGGAUGAUGUGCUAGGGGCUGCUCUAAUGUUGCAGGACAGGAGUGGCCUUAGCCUUGGAGCUUCCCUCACCUUCUGCAGACUUGGCCUUCUCGCGACAGCUAGUCUCAUUUUGGGACUUUUUGUGUCGACAUCAACUUUAACGAGCUUAUCAUUUUUAAGGCGCAAUGUAUUUCAUUCCACCUACAGUACGUCAUUUAUCCCUAUUAAUUUCCAUAAUCUUAGGACAAAUAUUGCUAUUGGGAGAGGGAGAGUAUAUAUUUAUUGAAGGGAUUCCAACAAGAAAUGAAUUAGAAGUUUGAGCUCUAACAUUUGGUGAAACAUCUUCGUCACGGAUGUUUUUCUUCCUGUUGAUCACUUCUGGGAUUUUCUCCAGUUUGGUUUUGUUCCUCGGCAAUUGGGCUUUGGAUGAUCCGAUGGAGACGGAAUUGCGCCAACGCUACGCACAUACCAGCCGACUCGCGGGAAAAUCUGUCCUGAUAACAGGUGCAAACUCAGGCUUGGGGUUGGAAACUGCAGUCUGGGCGGCUGGUUGGGGACUGGCUGACAACGUGAUCCUGGGUACGCGCAGCCAGAAAAAAUGCCUGGACGCUCGGGACACCAUCAUGGGAAGGAUAGAGAAGGAUAAGAGUUACGGUUCUCUUCUGCUUCAAGUUUAAAAAGGAGUCUUUUAUUUGACAAUGAUCGCGAGCGACCCUCAGCAAAGCCGUUCGAGGAUGCGUUAUUUGUACCUACAUAAAGUAACGUAAAACGUUCUCUUCUCUCUGAGAGUGGCUGUCAGAGACGCAACAUGAUAAUGAUUCUCACUUUCUAAGAGGCCGUCACCCGUAGCCGCAAAGACCUCGAGCAGGUCCUCCAUUGUUCCUUUUCGUUUGAACUGGGCAUGGGCAUAGCAAGCAAGGAAAAAAUUGAAGCGGAAGUUGAGAAAGUUUUUGGAGACUCUUCUGGUGGAACUCCUAAGAUGAAACUGGAUUUCCUUGUCGCGAACGCUGGCUUCUCAGGCACAGGCGGUGGACGACCACAAUCUGUUGGGACAGCGCUAUUAGUUAAGGGUGAGGGGUGUCUACCUCUACUGUAUCUGUAGUUAAAUAGUGAUCCUAAUAACAGAGUAGUUUAUUAUAGCACGCAUGGAGUAGCAUGGAGUGCAUGGAGCGCAGAGCUUUAAGGGGCGCAAGAAGCUCCCCCUUUAGCUCCAUGCUACUCCAUGUGAUCCAUGCACUCCAUGCCAUGCGAGCUGUGAAGCCUUAUAAAUUGCUCUGUAAUUUAAGUACCUUGGUACUUUUAUCCGAAUCCUUAACCAAGGACGACGUGUUGUCGAGAAGGCAUCCGCGACCCCGGACUACCAGCCCUACAAGGUAAAACUAAAUGAGAAGUGACUCACUCAUAGUCAUAUUAGACAUACUUCUUCUAAGUUACGAGACUCGACGUCACCAAUCAUGGUGAAACCAGAAGCAGCGAUGUUUGUUGCGCAUAAGGUCUUGCAACGGGCGUUGGAGAGGAAGUUUCUGGACCUUGAAACAGUUACGGUUUCUUCAGCAACGGGAUGGCUAGCCUGUACACCGUGGAUCCGGAGGAUCGUCGAAACUAGUUGGAAUCCGUUCUUGACUCAUGCGAGUAGGGAGAAAUUGGACAUGGCUCAUGUUGCAGUUCUUGGUACAUCAGCAGGUUCUCCAUCAUCUGGUGGAUCGGCUUCGGGUCCUUCUGGAGCUGCUGGUUCUCUUGAAAAUGGGGGUGCUCUCAUACCUCAGAUGUGUAGUCCUGAACCAGUGCCCUCUAUCCAACUUCUACUUCAAGACGAGACGAAUGAAGACAAGGAAAAACUUGUGACCUCUGAGAAGAAUAAGGAAGGCAUUAGUGCUAUCUUUUCCGAUGUUUUACAACUUGCGAGCAACCCUGCUGCUCUGGCAGACGUUGUUGCAGGCUACGCCCGAGUAAAAUACUGGCAGAUGGCAGGAGUCGGACUGGGAAGUGGUGACAGUUAUGAUGGACGAUAGUCUGUAUGACUGUUAUAAUAAAUAUUGAGCAGAGGGAUCAUGAAUUUUCGGAAAUGAAAAUGAAUGAAUAUAGCUAGAAAUUCUUGUCGACAUCUUGUACUAUGUAGUCCUUGAUGUUCAUCAUUUAUUUGAUGUGCAGGAUCCACAACCUAACCUAACCUCAUCAUGAUCUGACCUAGAACUACUAGAACGACAAAGAUAUACCACUCCCGUCUUCUAACAGACUCGCGAAGUCUCAGUGGUCCUAGGUUUUGUCCGGACUAGCAUUUGGCGUGCGGCGAUGGAGGAGAGCCCUGUGGGUCUGUUCAUGCGUCGUGGCUCUAUCGGAGCCAUUCCGAUUGUCGCUGCUUUGGUUGGUGAUCGUAACGAAAAGUACCCGAACAACCAGCGAUUGCCCUGCGUUUCGCAUAAUGGAGCCUUUAUGGGUUGUUUUGACAGCAUUUACUGGACGCUGGGUACGUCCGCGGAGGCAUUGGGGAGACAUGUGGGUGAAUACAGACAGGUUUUGCAGAAAACAUUAGAGACAUUGGAGGAUUUGUAACGGUUCUUUUGAGCAACGCAUAUUAAAAAAAACGCCAUGAUCAUGAUUUUGCAUCAAACAUCAUCAUGGCGACACAAUUUUUACGCCACAGACUCGCAUCAAGACUUCGUACGCAUUCGAAUUGUUCAUUCUUAUCAAGAAAGCAAGUCAUAAGCAAGGUUGUGCAAAC